GUUCCUGACUCAUUAUCUAAUUUAUUUGGGUAGAACUUGUACAUCUUUAGGUGAUGUUGGAAUAAUUUUGAAGCUGAUGCAUUUGUAGCAUGCCUAGAAAAUCAUACAAAAAGUCUUCAUGCUUUGUUGCAUUAUUUCCUUUGAGGAUGGGUGGGCCACUUAACCUAUAUUUCAAGAGGGCAGCAAUUUCUUUGACUGUACCUUGACUACAAUGGUGUCCCCAGCUGCUGGAUGCUUAUCAGUUAUUGUGGUAAUACUCUGCCUGUAGUGGUCAUUCCUGUAUUGGUCGUUAUCAUUUGAGCAGGACUUCAAUGAGUUAAUGACUGCUUGUGAGAUAUCAGGGGACUCCUUGUGUGGGAAACACAUAGUAUUUCUUGUUUGAUAUUUGGAGUGGUUAUUUCUGCAUUGGUUGUUAUCCUGUGAGAAGCACUUUGAUGACUUUGAUGACUUUGAUAACUGCUUGUGAGAUAUCAAAGGGACACUAUGUAUUGAGAAUUCAUAAUAUUUCUUGUUUGAACUUUGAAUUCCUAAUUUGGAAAUUUCAAGUAGAGAACUAUCCCUGGUAUACGUGUUGAUGACCUCCUUACUUAUUUGAAAUGUUUGAGAAUCUUCAGUUGCAGAUGAUGAAUUAAAUAGAAAGAACUUCCUCAGUCCUGUUUGGCUUGAAAUCUUACAGGUGUGAAAAGUCAUUGAGCAGUAGCCAUUGACUUUCACAGUGCUAGCUUGGCAUGAAAUAUUUUAAGAGACAAAAUCAGAAGAAAGGGUUUGGUUUUUAUCAAUUUAUUUUUACAAAGUUCAAUCAUUAUAGCUUUUUGGUUUUUUUUUAUGACAGUAAUUUUUUUUUGGCUAUCUGUUUAUUCUUUUUUCGCAGGAUAAGUGGUUACAAAUAAACUGCAACAUCCUAUCGACUGUUGAUGUUUCUGUAAGCUUGGGGCUGAGUAUUUCUUUAUCAUGUUGGUGAUGUCUGUUAGAUUAACUUAUGCUAAUGAAGUGCAUGCUCAAUGCACACACACACACAUGUUGAGAAGUGCUGGAUGAGUCUUAGAGACAUAUGAUGAACUGAGACCUUAAUGUGCUUGCAAUUUUGGCCAUUGAGCAUUAAAGCCAAAUAACAGCAAAAGAUAAAGAUUAAAUAAAUAUUUGCAAGAUUGCUAGUCCCUGCUUCAACCAUGAAGUCUUCUUCCUACGAGGUUAUGCUUUACAUGCAUCCAUUUACUACUGAAUAUAAUAGCAACCUUUCCCACAACUUGCUUAUUGGGAAAUCAUUGUAAGUUGUAUUUUAUAUUGUUGUAGCAUCAACAGUCAUCUAUCCAUGUUUUGGCACCAAAAGGGUAUUAUUUCUUCUAUGGAUGCUGUUACAUUUACAUUGCUGAUAAAUUUUUUCCCCUAUUAAAAGAGUUCAUCUCUGAAACGGUUUGCCUUUAUUUUUUGUCUUUUAUUUAAUAACAUAGACUGAAUACGAAGGACAUAGUGCAUGCAAAAUUUUCAAUUACUUUCUCAAGUUCUAUGAGGAGAUUAACAAUGCAUGAUAAACCUUUGGAAUUAUUUAAUUGCUGAUUAUUGUCUACAAGACUACAAGCUAUGUAAAACAUCUGGCUUAUCAAGGAUAAGCUCUAGUGGGCCCUGCAAGUGUCUGCCCCUCUGAAUGGCAGAGUCAGGGUGGGGUCCCAUGGGAGGCGUCAAAUAUCAUGGUCCUUUCCCUUGCUAAUAUCUUUGUUGUGACAAUAGUGAUUGCAAAUAUAAGUGAAAAAAUGUUCAUUUGGACAUUGUAUAAUGUGAAUGUCUUGCUUGCUUGUGAUAAUAUUUUCAUACCUGAGUCUUAUUAUAAGGCAAUUGAAGAAGUCAAUGAUCCUUGAUUAGGUAAUCACCAUGCUCCAUCAGGACAAAGCUACUGAGUUAACCCAAAAUUGUUUUCUCAUUGUGGGCAUGCAUUACUUGGAUUCUCAGAGCAUUAAUUCUUAAUUCCACAUUAGCUUUUGCAUGUCAGCAUCUAAACAAGAGUCAAAUUUCACUGCUUCUUUUUUAAUGUUGCUUUUGAAAGCGAAAUCCAUCUACUACUUUAUUCUCUAUACCAAAUUUAGUGAGUUAUUUGUAUCACUAUUCAUCUUAUCUAUCUCACAGAGAACAUUGGUUCUUGCAGCAAAGCAGAAGGGAAACAAAGAAAACGCCAGGUUGUAAAGCUUCCGCAGAUCCCCUGCCAGGUUAUUUUUUUAUCAAUUCUAAGAAACCAUCCUCAUUUUUCUAAAUUAAAUUUAAUGUCUGGUGUUCAAUUAUCAGCAAAGUAAGUCCCAAUCUGAGAUUGAAAAUGAUUUUAAUGUGGAAAUAUUUGUAUAUCAAGAAUAAGAAAACAAGCUCUCAUCUUCUUGAGGUAAGCUUAUAAGUAAAACCUCCUAUUCUCUUGAUUACCAUAGGCACAAAACUCAUAAUAAUAAAUAUAGGAUAAGUUAAUGGCCAUGUUUUAUGGACCAAGGACAAGGAGGAGUCAAGGAUAUGUAUCAAGUAGAUGGCUAAGGCCCUUUGUCUGUUGAAGCUCAGGCUGCCAUGGUCUGAACUCUUGACUUUGUUCCCCCAAAUGAAGGUCUCACAUCACGUCGAUGUCUUCUAACCUUCUGAGGGUCAUCUUAAUCAAGAUGUCAUUUAUAUGUGGCAAAUUUCCACGUGUUGUGUAUGGCAUGCAUGAGGCACAUUGAAAGAGUACAAAUAGAUAAAUGAUUGGUGCAUGAUUCCAAGAGUUUCUGUUGCCUUUGUUAACUCUGAAUCAGUCUUGCCAGACCUUGCGUAGCUAACUAGGGCUCACCUGACAUGGUGGGAGUUUGUGCUCGUGCAUUACAAAUUUAAAUUGCUGAGAGCUGUUCUCACAUGAGGACAACCUUGAAAACAAUUGAUUUAAGUUGUUAUCUGAUGAUUAAGAAAUCAAAUUAUUAAUCACUACAAUCUUUAUGGUUUCCGUCAUAUUAUUAUCUGUGCAUGUAUCAUGAUGUUGCCUUGCAUCUAAUUUUUUUUUCCAAUCAAUUACGUCCAAUGUUAUAAUAUCAUAUAUGUCACUGUGCUUUCCCUCAUGUUAUCCUACUCUUUUCAUUGAUUAUGAAAUGUAUGAAACAUAAUCAUAAUUUGAAAGAGUUCUGAUAAUUUCAUCCUCCUUCAUGGAAAAUUUAAGCAUAAUAUGAUUAUUUUAAGGCAUUUAGAUGCUUAAAUGAAAGUGCUAUUUGAUAUAGAAAGCUUGCCAAAAAUUUAUAUGGCUGCCAUAUUGAAUGUUGUAUUAGUUUUCACUCGCCAAUGAAAAUUUUUCCUGGUAUUUUUUACUAUCAGAAGUCCUCCUGUUGACAAAGAUGUACAUCUAAUUUAUAACAAUCAUCAUUUUCAUAAUUGAAAGAUGUUCUUCUGAAAAUACCUAGUAACAAUGAACCAUUCCAGCAAAGAUCCCCCAUUCACCAAAACACCUAAUCUAAUAAACUUUAAAUAAUAGUCAUAAACCACAAUUGAGUUGUUGUUAACAUUUAUACAUUAGGAAGGUGGUUGUUCUUUGCAUGUCCCUCCAAUUUUAGUGACAUUUUCCUCGCUUGCCAACAUUACUUUUCAUUGUCACUAAACUUCUGCAGCAAUUGGUCGCAUUCACUUGCUUCAGGAUUAUGAUUCAAUUAAAAUCAGCCCUCGCUUUCUUUAUUUAACAAUGAAAUUUCCAUAUAAAAAAAGCCUGUAUUUUAUUGAUAAACACACCAAUAGCAGGCUGCCAUGUUCACUCAUGGGGCUAUGGUUUCUUUUGACAAUAAAAAUGCCUUGAUUACCUUAAAUUAUUGCCGCAAAAUGUUUCCAUCUGUCUUGCUGUAUUUGAAUUAUAAUUAAAAGAGUGCAAAAUACUUUAUAAUUCAUUGCAGCUCUUGAAGAUAAGGAUAGAGAAGCAUGAUUGACCAACAAUGGUAUCUUAGAGAUCUGAUUUCUGAUGAAACUUCUUUUUUUCUGUUGUUUAUUCUUCAUUUAGUAUAUGUUAACCUGGAAAAGAAAAUUACAACUGUUCUUAUUGUUGUUUCAUAGAUGACUUUUUAGCUUGUAUACUUUUCAUUUUAGUUUGGUUGUAUCUAUUAGUGUAUCUGGAUCUUUCUUAUGUUUCAUUGAAGUGAUUACUUCGCUCUUAAUGUUCAUAAGAAUAUAAUAGUGUUCACCUUGGAAAGCAAAUUAAAUACCAGAAAUAUGCUAGAGCCACCAAACUGAUGAAACCCUUGAAUCCUUGAUGGUUGUAUAAACAGGUCCCACUCUGCCAUUAAAGCAGAGAACCAGUUCAUUUAUUUAUUUUUUAUUUAUAUUAUUAUAAUAUGCAAUAGAGAUUUCAUUUGUUUAGUUACAAAUCUUUCAUUUAUUCUGCAGAUGAUAUGUUUUGUACCAGUUUUUUAAAUUGAUUAACAGGUCUCAUAUACUUUUAACUCCAAUCCAAACUCUCUUGUUAGUUUGCAAUUUAUCGUCACUUGUUUGUCUCUCUCUGCCGGCCAACUUCAUCAAGUCUUUAAGAGUAGAGAAAGCGACAUUCUCGAGGCUACCUUUCCAUGCAAAACCUUGUUGCUGGACUGAAACCAUGAUGAGAAAGCAGCUUAGAGGUGCAUGGUCAUGGUGAACUUGACUUAAUCCAACUUAAUGAGCAGUGGGACUGUAACAACCUCAUGGGAGGUUAUCUUCAAGCAUCACACCAUUACCACACCGGGGGAGACCUCUCCGAGUUCAUGGACCAUGUUGUUAAGCAACUCUCAGAUACCUCCCCGGCCGCUGCCACCCUUGAUUCUUUCACCAUCGAGCCAUUAUCCCCACAUGUCGAUCACCGGCCCCGAAAAGUCCUUCAGAGAGACAACAACAUAGAUGUCACCACCACCACCACCACCACCACCAACAACAACAACAACAACAAAAGACUAGACCAGAACACUGAAGACAAAGGGUUGAGGAUGAUCACUCUGCUCCUUGAGUGUGCCGUAGCUAUAUCAGUAGACAACCUCACAGAGGCCAAUAGAAUGCUACUGGAGCUAACUGACAUGGCAUCCCCAUACUCACCAUCUUGUGCUGAGAGAGUUGUGGCAUACUUCACCAAGGCCAUGGCUUCCAGGGUGAUGAACUCAUGGUUAAGGACCUGCUGUCCAAUAGUCCCCCAUAAGAGCAUCCUCACUGCAUUCCAGACCUUCAACACCGUCUCCCCUUACAUCAAGUUUGCACACUUCACAGCCAACCAGGCCAUCUUAGAAGCUUUCCAUCAAAAAGACAUCGUCCACAUCGUAGACUUAGACAUCAUGCAUGGCCUCCAAUGGCCAGCUCUGUUCCACAUCCUUGCAACAAGGCCUGAAGGUCCUCCACUGGUCAGACUCACUGGUUUUGGUUCAUCAAUGGAAGCUCUAGAGGAGACUGGAAGACAACUCUCCAGCUUUGCCAAGAGGCUGGGCAUGUCCUUAGAGUUCCACCCAGUCGCAAAGCGAUCCGGUGACAUCGAUCCAUGGAUGGUGCAAGCACGGCGCGGUGAGACCAUGGCCGUGCACUGGCUCCAGCAUUCACUCUACGAUGCCACCGGUCCUGACCUGCAAACAAUGAGGUUAAUCCAACUCCUUUCGCCGAGAGUCAUCACCUUAGUAGAACAAGAGAUGCUGAGUUGUGGCUCAUUCUUAGACCGGUUUGUUGGUUCACUGCACUACUACUCGACGUUGUUCGACUCUUUGGGAGCAUCACUGGCUUGUGAUGAUCCUGGGAGGCAAAGAGUGGAACAUGGUUUACUCGGUAGAGAGAUCAAUAAUGUGAUGGCUAUUGGGGGACCGGCGAGGAGUGGGGAAGACAAGUUUGUGAGCUGGAGGAUGGAGCUGGCACAGAGAGGGUUCUUGCCGGUGCCAAUGAGUAGCAAUGCCAUGGCACAGGCACAGCUGAUACUUAACAUGUUUCCACCUUCACUUGGGCAUAUGAUACUACAAGGCGAUGAUGGCACUCUUCGGCUUGGAUGGAAGGAGACCGGCCUCUAUACGGCUUCGGCUUGGACUGUACCUCGCCUUCUUCUUCACUAGAUAAGUUGGAAUUCAGGUUCUUGAUUUGUUUGUCUGAUUGAAAUGGUUAUAUGAGUUUUGGAUCAAUCAAUGUGCUUGUGUUUCUGUUGUAGUUAUAUAUGGGGAUUGGUUGGUAGUUGUUGGUUAGAUUCUUCAGUUCAGUUGAUUGUUAACUGAGGUUGCAGUGGUCCAAGGUUUCUAACUAACUCUUGGCUUUAUUUAUUAGUGUUUGAUAAUUUGAUUAGAUAGUUAAUGAUGUUGUUUUAA